GCCCUCCCCACUCCCCGGGAUUGGGAGGGGGAUGGGCAAGCGCGGGAGAAUAACGCCUGGGAGCCCGAGCAGCGCAGCCCCAGACUCCCCGGAAAGCCCGAAAAGCUGGGUGCAGAAUCGCCUCUCUUUCAAGAGUUCUCAGGAAGUUUGGGGGAGGGGCGCUCCGCUCGCUCCAGUUCGCGGGAGGGUGAGGGAGGACGACAGCAGCGGCAGGUCUCGGAGCUGUGUCGCGUCCCGCCCUCGGGCGGGCUCGGGUGCUCCGGGCGGCGGGGUCUGCGGGGCGCGGGCAGAGCGCGCCGGGCGGCAUGGAGGGACUGGUCCUGCUCAACGCCCUGGCCACCCGGCUGCUCUUCGUGCUGCACUCGCUGGUUGGAGUCUGGCGAGUGACCGAGGUGAAGAAGGAGCCGUGGUACUGGCUGCUGGCGCUGCUCAACCUCUUGCUUUUUCUGGAGACGGCGCUGACCCUCAAAUUCAAGCGCGGCAGAGGCUACAAGUGGUUUUCACCAGCCAUAUUUUUAUAUCUCAUUAGCAUUGUUCCAUCAUUGUGGCUUCUUGAAAUGCACCAUGAGACCCAGUAUUGCAGUAGCCAAUCUGAAGGAAUGUCAAGGAACACCAGCACCAAAGAAGACUUCAAUCAAACUCUGUUGUCAACUGAACAAACCAACAGAGCGGAUGAUCUCAUUGAGACGGUGAGAGCUUUCUCACUGUAUAUUAAAGGAUCUAGCAGAUCACCUUUUCACUUGGCCAAAGUUUUUGUAAAUAACUUAUCUACAGUAUGCGAGAAAGUCUGGACUUUGGGACUCCAUCAGACAUUCCUGCUAAUGCUAAUAAUUGGAAGAUGGCUUCUACCCAUUGGAGGCGGGAUUACUCGGGAUCAACUCUCUCAACUUCUCCUUAUGUUUGUGGGGACAGCUGCUGACAUACUGGAAUUCACAAGUGAGACCCUGGAAGAAGAAAAUGUGAGGAAUAGCCCUGCUCUGGUCUAUGCCAUCCUUGUUAUAUGGACCUGGAGUAUGCUGCAGUUCCCACUUGACCUGGCAGUACAGCAUGUUGUGUGCCCUGUGUCUAUGGCAACAAGGGGGUUCCCCAGCCGGUUCUUUUGCCAAUACAGUGCCGACCUGUGGAACAUUGGAAUCAGCGUCUUCAUACAAGACGGUCCCUUCCUUGUUGUGCGACUCAUCCUGAUGACCUAUUUCAAAGUGAUCAACCAGAUGCUGGUGUUCUUUGCCGCCAAGAAUUUCCUGGUGGUGGUGUUACAGCUCUACCGCCUGGUGGUGUUGGCCUUGGUUGUCCAUGCUUCCUUGCGGAGUCAGCAAGAACGCCUGAAAGGAGAGCACAGAUGCCCAGGUGUACCAGCUGAGAGUGGGGUCUCACCUGGGGCCUGGGCAGGUGGUUCGAAGGAGGGCUUGGCUAUUCCUUUACAGGCCUUGCCGGUCACCUCUGACGACUCUCCCCUGACCCCAUAGUUAGUCACCGAGAGCAGCAUGCCGCCAGAAGGCUUGACUUUCCGGUUCCUAUAGACAGAAUCUUCUCUCUCUCUCUUUCUCUUUUUUUUUAACCUUGGCAUAUAAUAAUUUUCAAAAGAACAACAUAAAAAGUGAUCUUAAACCAAAGCCGAGGAACUUCUUUUUCAACGGAAUGAAAAGAACUUUGAUUAGUGGCUGUCGCUACCACGUCUGUGUGAUGGCAUCAGAUGCUACAGUUGUUCAACCGCUAAGUGAUUUGUUUGUCUUGAACUGUUUGAAAAGCUGCGGACAGGGUUACAGUGACACAUGCCCUCAAGACAUUUAAUGCAGACAAACUGUCCUGGCUGUUACCUGAGAAUAGAGACGCUUUGAACUUUGGCUCUAUUGUCAGCCUAUCUCAUCUGAUCUUUCCUGCAAUGUCCCCCUGACAUCAAAAAAUGUACAUUCAGUGAAUGCAGAAUAAAUGAAGGGAAAAGUGCCUUUAAAAUUACCUCACUGUGGGCUGGAAGCAGUGAAAAUCUCUGCCCAGCUGCCAUAGCAUCAGGAGCCCUAUUCAUCGCUGCACAGACCUUCCCAGGAAAAAUCAUUUUUCUGGGCUGCUGUAGUCUUCUGUCAUGGCGCAUAUGCUCUUACGGAAAUGUUACUGCUUUGGCUUGGGUGCCGCAAAACUCACAGCAAGCCAUCCUGGUUACGGAUCUAUUGGUUGGGAGGCAGGAAAUACUUGUAAUGCUAGCAAAGUCACAAUUUCCAUUCUAAACAUGAUUUGCAGUAUUCGUUAGCAUUUCCCUUAACUCCACUUUACCAUUUUCUAUAUUGCCAAGUCGAAUUGCGUGGGUUGAUGCAAGAACGCACUGCAGCAGUGACUAAAGGUGUUUCAGGCCCUUUAAGUGUUACCAUAGUCGCUGGUGUCUGCCGGCUGUCAAGGUAGCUCCUCUGAACUGCCACAUCUGGAGCCGGCCUUUGGUCUCAGGGAAGAUGCUGGUGAUGGAGACUUGCAUUAGCCCUACUCACGGCCAACGGCCCUGGAUUAGCGAAGGGGAUCAGAAAAUGCCCCAGCAUCGUGGAAAUCAGGAAAUGCGCUUUUCUUCCCUGCAUUACGACCGCAUUUCCCCAGUACUGAAAUAGCCAUACGUUCCCUUUAUAUGCCUCUGUACUUUCCAGAUGGAGGCGAUUCAGAACCUUUUAAAAUGAUUUUUUGCUUUUAAAGAUACAGUGUGAAAAUCUACCUGCUAUAAAGUAUAAUUACUUUAUAGCAGUAAUUAUGUAAAGCAAACAGCCCCAAAACUGUUCCUUUAGGGUUCAAAGCAUAAUUCCUCCUUGUUAUUAUGCUCAGGAAGUGAAAGGGACAUUAAAGAUAAGGCAGGGUGUGACCUUAAAUUGGGUGUGACCUACCGACAACUAAUUGGGACAAUUUCAACUAUAAAUCUGUGUGAGAGGAUAUCUGUUCAAACCAUUUAAUAAAGAGUUGCGUAGGCAAACUCUGUUCUUAUACAGAAAAAUUAAUACUUUCCAAUUAAUAGCUUCUCCAGUGCCUGACGUUUCUAUUUCUUUCUUUUCCUUCCUUGUGUUUCUAAUUUUAACAAUAUGAUGAUUGUAAACUUACACAUGAAGCUAAUGGAAUACAUUUAUAAUUUUUCAUAAUAACUUUAUGAAAGUUAAGAUCAGGAAAUUAUAUUCAUAUAAAGAACUUGACGACUUUUAAGGGCAUGCAAUUUAGAACGCUUAGCAAUUGAAAGCAAAAUAAUAACUGCUAUUUAUAAAGACGCCUCAGCAGAAUCUGUUUUUAUGUUGACUGUCUUAUGUUGAAUGUUUUCCUCCGCAACAUGUAUGUGCUGCUUAUUAUUGCAGAUUUGCUCCUGGGCAUACUUUUCACGUUCCAAUUUUUUUCUUCCAGCCAAACAAAUAUUGGGCCUCUAAAAAUAGAUAAAGUAUAAAGCAGUAUGGCUGUUACAAGGAUAUUUUUUAAGUGCUUUCAAAUCCGAGACUGGGCUUGGCUCUGUGAAUGAGUUUCUAGUAUUUAAGCAUUUUGUAAUUAUAAAGCGCCCUGGACAGCAGUUACUUCCCAGAGGCUGACAUUCUGGGGCUGGCUUCUGUUGUACCUGUAAUAACAUAACGGACUUAGAUCAUCUAUAUAAUGCGAUGCAGGCCAUACCUCUCUUCCAGCCUCCACAGACACAGGACACGCAUAUCCCCAACCACUGAAGAAAGUGGCUUAUUUGUGGUUGCUGGUGCUAUUGUUAUUAUUAUUGUUACUGUUGUUAUUUAAUUGCUUGAUUAAAGCUCAAUCAAAUGUGCUUCCUAAAAACCUAUCAUUCCAUUUGUGAGAAAACACAGUGCGCAUGUUUUAGCGAUGCUGUGUAGAAACACACCUCAUAACCCUCUUGUGGGCUUUCUUCACUUACUAGAGGAGUCUCCGAGGACAUGACUUGACACUGCAAGAUUAGUGAUCUGUCUUUCUCUUUGACUAUUCUGUUAAUUUUUAUUUAAACUGGAACAGAUAACAUAAGAAAAUGGAAAUUUUUAUUGGCCAAUAACAUUCUUUCUAAUCUUCUAAAAUGAAGAUUGUUACACAAAUUCAUCAGUUGGCUCUGUUGUAGUUCCACUAACAUGUAGUAGCACUUCAGGCCUUUUAAGACCAAAAAGAUGUGGCCAGUUAACUAUCAGCAUUCACUAUCAUAAUAUUAAUUGUUAACUUGUUAUUUCACAGACUUUUCAAAGCCCUGGGAAGGCAUGCAUUUCAGUGCACGUUUUAGGAUUUCCAUACAGGUUUCAGAGAUCCACACUGACUCUUAUUAUCUCUGGCAUUUGAUCUCAAUGACUCAAUCACCUCUCCUGUUAAAAGAGAAAGGAUUGCAUAGGGCCACUGUCCACCUUCACUCUACUCCAGUGUCAGAAAUGUGACAUACAUGCUGACAUACAUCUAGAGCCUCAGAGAUGUAAAUGAAACGUCAAACCGUCUAGAAUUAUAAGAACAGAAGAGACUGUUACUUUUUUCCCCCUAAUUUCAGACUUCGCUUUUUACUUAAUGGACAUUCUGAUCCACUCUCAGAAACAUCUGAUUUGGGGUUAAACUAGGCAGCUGGACGACGUUUAUGGCUUUGAGGCUUAAAUAACUUUCUAUAUGAUGGGAGUAACUCUAAACAACGUUUGAAUAAUCAGCUCCUACAGUCUUAUAUUUCAUGGGUGUCCAUCCUCUGAAUCUUUCUUACAGAAGUAUUUUAUAAGAAAAUUGUCUGUGAAUUAUUUAUAUUUAUACUAUUUUGGU